AUGGCAGCGAACGAAACUGUUGGAGAAAAUUCCGAAGAGUCGCCAGCCUGGCUUGAAACUGUUACAUUUGGAGGUUUUCGAGUUUGGCACAUAAUCGCAUCUUGCAUAGGCAUACUCAUGUGCAUAGUAGUUAUGGUAUGCUGCUGCCUCCGUUUCCGCAUUCCGAGAACCAAACAGGAAAUUGAGGCCGAUUACCAAAGGAAACAGAUAACAAAAAAAUUUCGCGAAAAACUGCAACAAAUCAAAAACUCUGAAAUGGAUGAUAUGGACUUGCAUAAAGCACUUGCUUAUAUUAAAUUGGAUGAAUUUGAUGAUCCUUAA